UAAAAACAAAAGAAGAAGAAGAAGAAGAAGAAGCCUAUGAAACCUCCAAAAGGAGGAAGUUACCUCAGAGGUCAAAAAAAGUAAAACAUGGCGGCGCCAUCCAAGAAAGUGUACCAACUGUUUGUAUCAAAAUUACCAUGGACAGUUACUAGCAAGGAGGUAAAGGAGUACUUUGGGCAAUUUGGACAUAUCAAGAACUGUGCACUGCCUUUUGACAGAGACACAGGUUUUCACAAACGCUUCUGCCGGGUGGGAUUCAGCUCAGAGGAAGAGCUGAACAACGCACUGCAGAAAGAGCCACACAUUCUUGAAGGGUCUAAGCUUCAAGUUCAGAAGGACCAACGACCGUUUAAAUCCAUGAAGACUCAAGAGGAGUUUGGGUCCGAGUGAUUGCCUGGAAAAGUCUGUCUGUCUGUCUUGCAAAAAACAUUUUCACCACGGUUCAAAUUAAAAUGAAUGCAAUAAAAAACAUUUGUGUUUAA